AUGAAUUCAACAUCAAUUUCCACGGCUGCGCUCAGCCCCGGCAUUUCACGGCGCCCGUCUAUCAGUUCUCGAGUGUCCUUUGCCGUGUCCAACGCAGAGCAGGGAGAGACGCCGAGGGAGGGCCAGAUCGAGGAAGAGAUUGCCGAGAUCAAGAGAUAUGAGGUGAGCGAGUACUGGGUGCAAGAUGCUGCGCGAGAACAGGCGCGGCGCAAAGCUCGUAGGAAGCGCACGGCAGGCGUGUACAGACUCGGCCAGCCCGGCUGGAGAUAUCGGCUCUGGGAAUCUUAUGAUGCUGCGCAGGGCUGGAUCGUUGUCACCAUCAUCGGAGCGGCCAUCGGGCUGAAUGCGGCGUUUUUGAACAUUGUGACGGAGUGGCUGGCCGAUAUCAAGACGGGCUAUUGCACGACGGGGUUUUAUCUCAACGAGAACUUUUGCUGCUGGGGAGAGGACAAUGGCUGCGAACAGUGGCAUCGCUGGACUGGAUUUGGCCCCCUCAAUUAUUUCAUCUACUUUUUAUUUGCGACCUUGUUCGCUUGCGUGUCGGCAACACUGGUCAAGUGUUAUGCUCCGUAUGCAGCGGGAUCCGGCAUAUCGGAGAUCAAGUGCAUCAUUGCUGGCUUCGUUAUGAAGGGCUUUCUUGGCUUCUGGACUCUGCUGAUAAAGUCUAUCUGCUUGCCCCUGGCCAUCGCCUCCGGCUUGUCUGUUGGAAAGGAAGGGCCCAGCGUUCAUUACGCCGUUUGCACUGGCAACGUCAUCUCAAGGCUGUUCAGCAAGUACAGGCGCAAUGCGGGUAAGACCCGCGAGAUUCUCAGUGCCUGUGCCGCGGCGGGUGUUGCUGUUGCCUUUGGCAGUCCUAUUGGAGGCGUGCUCUUUUCACUUGAGGAGAUGUCGAGCUACUUUCCGCUCAAGACCAUGUGGCGCAGCUAUUUCUGCGCUCUGGUGGCCACGGCGGUCCUAUCCGCGAUGAAUCCCUUUCGCACGGGACAGCUGGUCAUGUUCCAGGUGAAAUACGAUCGAGACUGGCAUUUCUUCGAAAUCGUUUUCUACAUCAUCAUUGGCAUUUUCGGCGGACUGUACGGUGCCUUUGUCAUGAAGUGGAAUCUUCGAGCGCAGGCCUUCAGGAAGAAGUACCUGACAAAGUACGCCGUAUUAGAAGCGACGCUGCUUGCGGCGGGAACCGCCAUCAUCGCCUACCCCAACGCUUUUCUUAGGAUCGACAUGACGGAGAGCAUGGAGAUUCUCUUUCUUGAGUGCGAGGGAGCUGAGAACUACCAUGGCCUGUGCGACAAGGACAGGAGGACCUGGAACAUCAUAUCACUGAUUCUCGCGACGGUGUUGAGAGUGUUUUUGGUCAUCAUCUCGUACGGAUGCAAGGUGCCCGCCGGAAUCUUUGUCCCCUCCAUGGCCAUUGGCGCCUCGUUUGGGCGAACCGUCGGCAUCAUCGUCCAAGCCAUAUAUGAAGCAAACCCGAGCAGCGUCUUCUUUGCCGCCUGUAAGCCAGAUGAGCCAUGCAUCACGCCGGGCACGUACGCCUUCCUCGGUGCGGCGGCAGCGCUGAGCGGCAUCAUGCACCUUACCCUGACUGUGGUCGUCAUCAUGUUUGAGCUUACUGGGGCGCUCACAUAUAUCUUGCCAACCAUGAUUGUAGUUGGCGUGACCAAGCUUGUCAGUGAAAUGUUUGGCAAGGGUGGUAUUGCCGACCGCAUGAUCUGGUUUAACGGCUUUCCGUUUAUCGAUGGUAAAGAGGACCAUAACUACGGCGUCCCAGUCUCUCAGGUCAUGCGAAGCUCCGUUGUGUCUCUGCCUGCCAAUGGGCUGACGCUUGCCGACAUUGAGCAACUGCUGGCCGAGGCAAAAUAUCAGGGGUUCCCCAUUGUGUUGGAUAGCAACUCCAAGAUGCUGAUGGGAUACAUUGGCAGGACUGAGCUACGGUAUGCCAUUGAUCGAGCAAGGCGCGAGCGUCCCGUUUCUCCAGACGCAAAGUGCGUCUUUUCAUCGCAUCUGACGCAGACUCCCGCCAUUACUCCCAUCACACCCGCAUUUCGCUCAGACGUCACUGCGACGUCGCCUCUUGAUUUCAGCCGCUAUGUCGACGCCACGCCUGUGACGGCGCACCCUCGUUUGCCUCUGGAGACGGUCAUGGAGCUGUUCCAAAAGAUUGGGCCUCGUGUCAUUCUGAUUGAGUAUCACGGGAAGCUCUCUGGUCUGGUAACCGUCAAGGAUUGUCUCAAGUACCAGUUCAAGGUGGAGGCGGCGGAGAACCCGAAAGAUGACCAGCACAUCAUUGAGGGACAAGAGCAUCUGUGGAGUGCGCUUCGCAGAGUGGGCUUUUGGGUUUCCAAUUCGGUGUCGACGGUUUCGCGGGGCCACAUUAGACUUAGUGGACAAUUUGACCAUGAGCGGACGAGUGCGAGUGGGAGGAGAGAGGCUAUCUUGGAUGGGGACGAGGACGGCGUUGACGAAGGCGUUGAGCUUGAAAGAAGAUAG